AACUGACCACAACCAACACAUACAGCUACAACAUUUUAAAACCCUACCUGCUUGCUCUCUUCGUUCAUGGGAAUUUUGGUGCUUAAUUUGCAGCCCGACGUCAAACAAGUAAUGGAUAAUACUCGAGCAACAACAUCAGGAACUAAAGUAGAACGGAGGGUUAUUGAGAAGAACAGGAGAAACCACAUGAAAAUCCUCUACUCCCAUCUCAACUCUCUCCUCCCAAACCAAAAUUCCAAGGAACCUCUGAGUCUGCCUGAACAAAUAGAUGAGGCAAUUAACUACAUCAAAACCCUGGAGUCGAAUCUGCAGAAAUCCAAGCAGAAAAGGGACAACCUAAAGUUUGGUAGGAAAAGAUCAUAUGAAUUAUGCAGCAGCACCUUUGAGACCAGAUCAGCUGCCCCCACAAAAUCGCCGCAAAUUCAAAUCCAUGAGAAUGGUUCCACCCUAGAGGUUGUUUUGAGUACUGGCCUACACAAUCAGUUCAUCUUCUACGAUAUCAUUCGCAUACUUGACCAAGAACAAGCAGAUGUUGUACAUGCUAGCUUUUCAGCUUCCGGAGACUCUAUACUUCACCUAGUCCGUGCAGAGCUGGGCAAGUCGAUGCUUGAUUUUGGGGCAGCAAGAAUAACUGAGAAGCUGAAAAGAAUUGUCAAUGGAUCCGCAAGCGAUGAAGAACUACAGCAUGAUGAUCAAGACUACUUUUGGGACUUCCAAAUCCAUCCUCAGAUGUGGGAUUUCUGAUCUGAGUAGUAUUGCAUGCAAUUGAUCGAUCGAUAAACAAGUCACUAAUUCGGGUGUCCAGAAUUAGAAAUAUUGGGCAGUAAUCGAAAGGCUAACUAGCUGAUCAUGUAUUAUAUAUACAGGACAUGCGUGAAACUAUAGUGAACAACAUUGUGUGUUAUUCCAAAUAAACAUUUCUAACGUACGUAUGUGAGGAUUAAUUGAACAUCUUAUAUGUCAA